AUGGAAUUAAGACUAGAUUGUGAUUGUGGAAAGAAAAAGAGAAAUCUAGAAAAUAUCUGCAUGAAGAAUGAGUUGGACAUGAUGAUGGAGGAGAAGGGUCCCAGGACCGGGGCGGGGCCAGGCGGAGGGCGGGAGGAACGAACCAGAAACCGCCUUUCGCAGAAAGGAGCGCCAGAGCCCGAACCGGCCGCCGUCUCUAGAAAGUUCUCCCCCCGGCGUCCCUCGCGGCCGGCCGGCUCCUCCCAGCCUCCUCCCCCCGCCCCCCUCCGCGGCGGUGGGACCAAUCGCUCCCCGGGCCGCCCAAGACCCGCCUUGUGCCACAUCCCCUGCGAGCCAGAAUACGCCUACGGUUCUGCGGGCCGCGCUCCCGAGGUCCCUCCCCAGGCCACGCUUGUGUUCCAGGUGGAGGGGCGCCGUCGUGGAGGUGGCACCGGAAGGUACUCCAGAAACCAGAUCUUUGACCGCCGGGAGGUCGGCGAGGCCGAGAGUGUGGAUCUGCCUUGUGCGCUGGAGAAAGCCUUUCAGCGCAAGGAAAAAGGAGAACGUUCCAUUGUGUGUCUCAAGCCCAGCUGUGCUUUUGGCAGUGUUGGGAAGGAAAAGUUCCAGAUCCCCCCAAAUGCUGAGCUGAAAUAACUCAAGAGUUUUGGGAAGGCCAAGGAGUCCCAGGAGAUGAGUUCAGAGAAGCUGGAGCAGAGCACCAUAGUGAAGGAGCAGGGCACCGUGGGCUUCCGGGAAGGCAAGUACAAGCAAGCUCUGCUGCGGUACAAGAAGAUUGUGUCCUGGCUGGAAUUUGAGUCGACUUCCUCUAAUGAGGACGCACAGGAGGCACCGGCCCUUCGGCUGGCCUCGCACCUCAGCCGCAUGUGUCAUGUGAAGCGGCAAGCCUUGUCUGCUGCCGCUGAAAAUUGUAACAAGGACCUGGAACCGCACAGCAACCAUGAGAAGGGCCUUUUCCGCCAGGGAGAGGCCCACCUGGCGGUGAACGGCUUUGACUCGUCACGGGCUGACUUCCAGAAGGUCCUGCAGCUCUACCCCAGCCGCAAAGCUGCCAAGGCCCAGCAGCGGAUCCGCAAGGAGCUUGAAUGGGAGAAGAAGCUCUAUGACAACAUAUUUGAGAGGCUAGCUGGGGAGGAGAGCAAGGCCAAGGCCACGGUCACUGCAGGAGACCAGCCCGCUGACACGGAGGUGAAGGACGGGCCGAAGAACCGUGUGGCAGGAGGCCAGCCUCAGGUGGAGGCAGAAUUGUGGCCUUGCCCAGCCCUGCUCCCGGCUGCCUGCCCCCCAGCUCCCUACCCCACAGCUCCCUACCCUACUCCCCCCUGUUGGUUCUGUAAAAACUGA